CUUCGAAUAACCGUCUGGUCCCUGUGCACAAAAUCUGUAUCUUACAUCAAGUAUCCCAAAGCCUGUCAGCAGGACUUUGACACCGACACCCAGGACCUCACAGGGAUCGAGUGGGCCCCGAAUGGCUGUGUGCUGGCAGCGUGGGACAGCUGCUUGGAGUACAAGGUCCUGCUGUACUCCUUGGACGGCCGCCUGCUCUCAGCAUACUGCGCCUAUGAGUGGUCCCUGGGCAUCAAGUCUGUGGCUUGGAGUCCUAGCAGUCAGUUCCUGGCCAUUGGGAGCUACGACGGAAAGGUGCGCCUCCUUAAUCACGUGACCUGGAAGAUGAUCACCGAGUUUGGGCACCCUGCAGCCAUUAAUAAUCCCAAGGCAGUUGUGUAUAAGGAAGCUGAGAAGAUCCCAGAGCUGGGGCUGGGCCACCUGUCCUUCCCACCACCCCGAGCAAUGGCUGGUGCCCUCUCUACCUCAGAGAGCAAAUAUGAGAUCGCCUCUGGGCCAGUUUCCUUGCAGACUCUGAAGCCGGUAGCUGACAGAGCGAACCCUAAGAUGGGUGUGGGGAUGCUGGCUUUCAGUUCUGACAGCUACUUCCUGGCAACAAGAAACGACAAUGUCCCUAAUGCUGUGUGGAUCUGGGACAUUCAGAAGCUGAAGCUGUUUGUGGUCCUAGAGCACAUGUCUCCAGUGCGCACAUUUCAGUGGGACCCACAGCAGCCACGGCUGGCCAUCUGUACAGGGGGGAGCAAGGUGUACCUGUGGUCCCCAGCAGGCUGUGUGUCGGUGCAGGUACCUGGUGAAGGUGACUUUCCAGUGCUUGGACUGUGCUGGCAUUUAAGUGGGGAUUCCUUGGCCCUCCUUAGCAAGGAUCACUUCUGUCUCUGCUUCCUGGAGACCAAGGAGGAAGUUGGCACAGCCUGUGGACAACGGGACGGCCAUGCCUAGGACCUGAGUGGAAUCAGAGGCAGCGGAUUCUGCUGGUCCCAACACAAGCAACAUCUGCACAGGCUCUCCAGAUGGGAUACUUGGUGCUCAGUUUUCUGUAGUGAGGUGUUUCUGUAAAUAUGUAUAAAGUUGUAAUAUAAAAGAGGUAUUUGCUAAUCCACGGAA